AUGAAAUACUCAUCGCAACCGACCCCGUCAACUCUCGAAAGAGACUUCGGACCAGAAUGGUCCGACCGCCUUCGCACAACUAUCCCCUCUAACUCAGAGCUGAUGAUUGUCGAACAAGAAGCAUGGAAGGAUCAAGCUCAUUGGAGGGACAACGACUCAGGCACCCCGAGACCUGUUGACCCAUGGAGGCUGAUAACUCCACCGGGGACGCCUGGGAAAGAAGAAGGAGAUUUAAGAAAAUUGACGGAAGAUGGCUUCGUACUUGAACAGGAGUACGAUCCUAGAUGGGCGCUUGUCAAAUACGAUUACAACUUCGAAGCUUUCGAAAGAGUCAAAGCGCAUCAACUACGCUGUAGUCUGGAAACGCAAAACUUCGCGAAGAAGAUUGUGUGCUGCACAAACUGCAAGCUCAAAAGACGCAAAUGCGACGAGAACAAACCCACAUGCGGUCGCUGCAGCAGCAGGAACGAAAAAUGCAACUGGGCUUCUCGCCUCACCUUCCGGGCCGAGAACGCUUUAGGUGUCGGGCCUGAGGAAGCGCAUCGCGUGCCAGGGCGACCGCCUGCACGGUUUAGGAUCAAGGAUGUGACGGAGGAGGUUAUACGCGACUAUCAGCAUUACGAUCCAGUAGUGGACGAUCUUGAUACAGCAGAUCAAUUUGACGAUCGGCAGACUCCGACUUCUGGCAACAUAUCGCCAGCUACAGCCGACAACGAGCAGGUACCAUCGCAUCAUGCUCACCCGUAUUGGCAGCAGAACACGCCUUUCUCGGCUACAGAAAGUACUUUGGAUACGCUCCAGUCGACCCAGUAUGUGUCUUUACCCACGACGGGAGAUAUCGAAUCCAUGUGGCACAGUCCCGGCACGACUACGUAUCUAGACGACAGCGUCUUCCUACCAGGCUCAGCGUAUCUCGAUGCGCAUUCCACGUUUCGGAGCCAUUUGAUGCAGGAAGUGAGAUCUAAUGUGCCGACGAGGGAGGUUACACCGGAUGCUGCGCGUAUUGGACUGGGCUGGGGAGGGGUGCAAGAGAAUUACGGAUCGGAUGCAGAUGCAGCGAGGCACAUUGUGGGAACGUCUCUCGACGCCACACCUAUCAAUGAGCCUGAGACUGCAAACAUCUCAACUCCUCAGCUAUCUCCAGAAGAAGACUUCGAACUCUGGAAAAACUGGCUCGAUGAAGUAGCCCCCUGGAUCGAUAAAUUCGACCCAGAGCGCCAUUUCCAACGCACCCUACCCAUCAUGGCGCGCUCACACGACCACUUGCGGUACUCGAUGCUUGCGCUCUCGGCACGCCAAAUAGAGCGGAAGAACAACAGUAAACAUACCUCACGCAGUCUAGCUCUCUACCAAACCGCCAUUCAACUCGUGCUACCGCAACUACACACCCGCAGCACACCGGUCAUAGCAUCAUGCGUCGUGCUAUGUGUACUCGAGAUGCUGAGUAGCUCGGCGAAAGCGUGGCAUCAGCAUCUAGAUGGAUGCGCGCACCUGCUGGAAGCUGUGGGUAUCAAUGGGUUCAGCGGUGGUGUGGAUCAAGCACUGUUUUGGUGCUUUGCUCGCAUGGACGUCUGCGGCGGGCUUAUCGCGUCGUCUAAAACGCUCAUACCGGUUGAGCACUGGGCUUCUUCAGGAAUGGGUCUGGAUGCCGACGUGGACCGUUUCCGUUCUGUGGGCGACUACAACGUCUACGCAUGCGAAUCCGUGUAUCUCAUUGCCCGAAUCCUCGACUUACUGUCUUUCCAUUCCAACCUAGCCGGUCGCGUGGGCGCUACACCACGCUUGUCCACAGACACAGACACCGCAUACACCGCUCGCUGGACUCAACUCUGGCAUCACAUAUCCGCAUGGUACACCACGCGCCCCGCAGAAAUGCUCCCAAUCUCCUCCUUCACCCCACCCACCUCCCCCUUCCCUCGUCUCCUCUACAGCAACCCCGCCGCCAUGUCCGGCAACCAACUCCACCACACCGCCUGCAUCCUUCUCCUCCGCCACAAACCUCCCAACACCACCGUUACACCUAAACCCAACUCAAUCUUCUGGCACGCAAGACAGAUUUGUGGAAUCUCGAUCAGCAAUGAUGAUCAUGCUGCGUGGACGAAUGCGAUUCAGCCGCUGUGGAUUGCGGGACAGUGGAUGAGCCAUGAGACGGGCAUUGGAAUCUGGAUCGCGAUGGUACUGUUCUUCGCUGUUGUCGCGAUAUCCCUCAUCUUUGUCGUUAUCGAAAUUUGGUCCAGGGCAGAUGUCUCUCAAUUCGGCAGCGCCUUCGCGAGCCUCAGAGACAAACCCAACAAGAAGACUCCCGAGAAUCCGAACGCGGAUCCGACAUGGAAAGACAGAGUGCGCGCAGCUGGCCGAACAUUCGUCUUGGGUGUGGCAGACACCCAGACCAUCUUCGUCGGAGCUUUCCUUCUCGGUUUCGCUGGCCGAAGCAAGUGUAAGCUAACAAGCUAUCAUUUCACAGUCGCCGUCAGUCAAAUGAUGAUCGCGCUGUCUGUUCUCACCUUCUCCAUCGCGUUGGUACGGACGUACUGGCGAAACCCCCUUGCAGCCGCUUUUCGACUGUUGCUUUCCGUCGGAGCCUUCAUCGGUGUCGGAUUGACCAUCUUCAGGGAAGCCAACUAUGCUCCGUAUGGCGCACUCAAGCAUUCGAGCAGAGACAGCGCUAUCCUGCUCCCAGUAGCAUGUAUGCUAGAAAUGGACCUGCGAUCGGCAGCAGAAGAGCAAGCGCGUCAGAACAAAGCCAAUCUUGGUUUCGGAAACGCAACAGCCUGGCCACCCGAAAGAUUCAUGUACAUCGUCCUCGGCGUCGCUUUCCUCGCCGCCCACAUCUCAGUCCCCAUCCGUUUUGCGGAAUCCAAGGACCGCGCACCGAAAGUCUGGACGGAGAAGCGCGCAUUUGUUACCUUGAUCUACUGGAUUCUGGUGUUGCUCACGCCCAUCGUGACGUCGGUGUUUUGCUGGUUCCGCGUGUACACAAUGCGCGAGUGGGUGGCUGGUUCAGGAUGGAUGGAGGAUCCGAAUACGGAGAUGAUAGUGUGGGACUCGGGGCAGUUGAUUGCGAUGGGCGUGCUUAUUACGGUUAUCAUGAACGUGCUUACCGAGGCGAUGGAGAGGGAGAAGAAAGACGCGAAGAAGAGGAGUGACGGGAUGGAUGGAGAGGCUGGAGUAGAGUUGCUGCCGACUGCGUAUCGUGGCUAUGAGUAUUAG